AUGAGUAUUGAGUACCGUAAACUCUAUUCUAUGCUUGUUUAUGUCCCCUUUAAAUUGUCUUUCGGCUCUACCUCUAUCAGAAUCAGAAGACAAAGGUAAGAUCAUGAAUUCCAAUUUAGUUAGCUUUUAUAGAAGUGACCUCCACUAUAACACAAUAGAAAUUCAGGAUGCGUGGUAUGUUCUAGACGGUUAUGAGUACUUAAAAUUAUUGGAUGAGUUGUAUCAACUCUGUAAAAAGAUUACAGCCUCAGGGAAAGACUUAAGCUCAAGUGAUUUUUGGGAAAUUGAUCCAACUUUUAUUCAGCAAGCUAGAAGUUCAAAUUUUCUAAAACUUUUUAAAUUGCAUACAUUUCUUUCUGAGAAAGAAAACUUGAGCCGGUUUUUGGAAACACUAAAGCCAGUUGAAGCGUGGUUACAGGUUCUAAAGUGUAAAAGUGAUAAACUAUUAUUAUUUGCGGUUAGAAAUGAUCCUACUACACCCUGUCAAUAUAACGGAUUCAGAAGUCUAUUUUCUGUCGUUAAGAUUGUUUUAAUCGAUUUUAAAAAAUCUAUUUUGGCCUUUUCUCCUGCUAAUUAUAAAGUUCACUCAUCCUUUGGGUCUUUAUUACAAGUCUUUAAUCGAAAAGUGGAGCUCUUGUCUUUGAUUAUAACGUUAUUUGAAAUUAUUUAUGCACAGUCUUGGCUUCCAGGUACCUUAUUUUCCGGUAAAAGUUCUGAACUCGUGGACUUCAUAAACUCUUUAAAUUUUGAAAACGUUUUGGAGAGCAAUAUGGGAUUCCAGUUUGACCACUCCCUAAAGAGAACGUUUAAAGUUAUUACAUGGUCUUUAAGGAUCUUGCAAAAGAAUAACGAUACCGUAGAAGGAUCUAGUCAACUUAAAGGAGCCUUUUACUCGUCAAUAGAGCGCUUUUUUAAUAGGCGACAAAAGACACCGCUGCGUAAUAAUAUGGAUCUAAACUUUUGGCGAAACUUCUGGAACUUAACUGAAACGACUGUGUUUAAGUUUGGCCCCAAAUUUACCCAUCCAUAUGUUAAGGUUAACAAGUUAAUUACGUUAAGAAAGGAUGCUAUCAACAGUUAUAUAUGUCGGUCUGACUCUGAGGAAGCCAAAUACUUUUAUCCUUUGAAAUCUGAAGUUGUCGUCUUUCGUUUAGUUUCCCAUGAGUGGCUCUUUGGACAGAUUUUCGACGAAAAGCAUAUAAAAGACUACCAAACUUUUAUUAAUAAGUACAAGCCAAAUUUUUCUCAAGAUAAAGCUGAAAAUUUGAUCAUUCAUUUCCAUGGCGGUGGCUUCAUAGCUCACUCCUCCCUUACUUCGGAGGCAUUUUUAAGAGACUGGGCGCAAAUGUUUAAAUGCCCGAUAGUGUCGGUAGAUUACUCCUUAGCACCGGAGAAGCCUUAUCCGGCCGCUAUUCACGAUUGCUUCUUUGUAUAUAUUUGGUUAAACGUUGUGCGUGCUCCACGCAAUACAUGCCGUACAAUUAUGUCUAUUAGGUGUUUACAAAAUUUUGAAAAGCUUGGUACGCUUGGCCGACGUGUCAUAUUUGUGGGAGACUCAGCCGGCGGUAAUUUGGCGUUGUGUAGGACCUCUCUUUACCUGAUGUCUCUCAAAGGUUCACUUGUUUUCUUUGCAGCAACUGCAUUUGCAGCUUCCUGCUGCGGUAUCCGCGUCCCUGACUCCGUUAUCCCGGUUUAUCCUGUUUUGUUGGUGAAAGAUCUUCUCUCGCCGUCGCGGUGUCUCUCUGCAAUAGACCCGCUACUCCCGCCCAGCGUUCUUAUUCUUUGUCUAAAGUCUUAUGCCCCCCACGAAGACGACAACCCAUUUUUAUCCCCCAUACUGGCACCUGAGGAGCUGCUGUCGAGUUUACCGAAAAUCCGGCUUGCGGCUUGCGAAUUUGACCCACUUUUAGACGAUUCGAUCGAGUUUGCCAAAAAGCUCUAUUCUUGUCACACUAACUUCGAGUUCAAAGUAUUUCGCAGAGGCUGCCACGGUUUUCUCAAUUUUCUUGAAAGCUCUUACUCUAGGGAGUGCGCAGGUCACAUAAUAAAUUGGAUAAGUGAGGAGUUUCGUCCGACGACUUCUUCGUAAAUGGGUUAAAAAAGCUUGCAAGAUGUUUUACCUAGUUCAGUUCGCAAGCUAUAGUUAAAACUCACAAAGUUUUAAAGAUUCUAUCUCGUCGGCCGAGCUCACUUUCUAACUCAAUAUGUGGAAAGGAAAAUUUCAGCAAAGUUUACGCAAAAUUCUUCAAACUGGGUUUGUAGGGGAAAAAAUUAUUUUUUUUAAUAAAACCUUUCAGAUAG